UUCCACUCCACUCCAUUUCAAAUUCCCAACCGCCGUCAACUAACGCCGUUAGUUUCCUCCGCCCCACCCAUCCAACCACUCUAUAAACUAUCUUCUGCAACACAGGACAAACAAAGCACAGUGUUGUCGACACACAGUGCGCCUUCUCGGAGCUCAAAGGAAUCUCUCCGCGCACAAAAUCCACCCACCCAAUCAAUUCAGCUCAAGGAUAAGAAGGAUUUUGUAGUUUUUCAGAAUUUGGGAAUGGAAGGCAGUGACAUUCAUGUUGACAAGGAGCCUGAUGGUGUCAUUAUAUACUCCAAUGGUAUCAUUGAUGAUUCCGGUUACACACAGGAUGUGGCACCACUACCUGAGCUCAUUAAUUUAGAUUCAUUGCCUGUUCAUAUGUUGGAUGAUAAUACUGAAGUACAGGACUGUGAAGUAAAGGAAUGCAAUAUUGACAAAUCAUCUGAGGUUACAAAACAUUGUCAAAGUCAGGCAGAUGAGCUGAACUCAGCUGGCUUCAAUAGUGAAAUUAAUAUGAAGAAGGAGGAUGCUGCAUCUGAAGAUCAAACAGUAAUUGAUGAUUCCAAGGCAACAAAAGCUUGUGACAAGAAGGUUGCUAGACUCUCUACUGGUAACUGUAAAACAAAAUGUACAGUUCCGCAACCAUUUGCUCUGGCAACAGCAAAACGUGCAUUAUAUGGUAUCCGCCCUCAUGGAGCUGAGCUUAACAGUUCUUCCCUUGGAGAGAAAGCAUCCCAAGUUCGUGUUUCGCAAAAUCCAACAGCUGGGAAGCAGAAUCCAACUGUCACACCUGUUGUACCGAGGAAGCCAUUACAACCAGAUAACAAGAAGCGCCCUGAUGAAGAUAAUUGCUCAGUGGCCUCAUCAACUGUUACGCCAGCGAGAAAGGUUAAGACAACUAUUGCAGCAGCUCCAGUGUUUAAGAGCAGUGAACGGGCUGCAAGAAGGAAGGAGUACUACUCAAAGUUAGAGGAGAAGCAUCAAGCAUUGGAGGCAGAGAAAACUCAAUAUGAGGCAAGAACUAAGGAAGAGUCUGAAGCAGCAAUCAAGCAACUAAGGAAGAGCUUGACAUUUAAGGCCAGCCCAAUGCCGAGCUUUUACCUUGAGGGGCCGCCACCGAAGGUUGAAUUGAAAAAGCCACCUCCAACUCGUGCAAAAUCACCAAAGUUGGGCCGAAGAAAGAGCUGCAGUGAUGCAAAAACCUUUGACAGGGGAGCCCAAGAAACUCGCCACAGUUAUCCCAUUUGCAGGGACGGUUCAUCUAUUGCUUCCGCAAACAGGAAAGCAGGGACUGAUAUUACCAAUGGUACAGCUUCCUACAAAAGUCGAGAACAGUCCCACCAAAAUAAGGAGAUGGAUAAGGCUUUUACAUCUAAGUUGAUUGGAGAGAGGUGCAUGGAUAUUGCUGUUCAUUCUUGAUGAGCUGUUGUAAGUUAUCUAAUCGACUCCGGGAAGAGUUUUAAGUUAUUUGGCAUAAAUGAUCUAUCUGUUUUGGGCCACGCUACUGUUCUGCUUGAUUGCAAUCACCAAUCUUUCAGUGGUUUGUUUUAAAUUAAAGUGUGAAGUAAGCUUCUGUAGAUCAGAUACAUUUCCAAAACCUAUAUAUAUAUAUGAUGCGGGUGUAAAUUGUAUUUCUUGUCGUGCUCCGUAUGAUUUCAAACAUGCAAUAUGAUCUUUUCUUGCAUAAUUAGUCAAAG